CUUUUCACCUAGGUAUAAGAUUUUUGUGAAAUCUGUAUUAAAAUCGAAAACUGUGACCCAUCGUACUGCAAGCUUUGACAAGAGCACUGGAAAUGUCGCCAAAGAAACCGGUCGAUGUGAACAAGGUGCUACCGACGGAUUCGGGUCUUAAACAGCGCAACAUAGUUUGGCGCAAUAUUAUGGAUAAAUAUUCCAAUAACAGCGAGGAGAAAGCAUUUGACAUAGACAAAAUUAUCGAAGCUUGUGACGAAAAUGCCAGUGACAAAAGUUUAGUUAGUGACGUAGAGAGCAUCUCCGGUGCUGACUCGGAUCAGGAAAAUUGCGCAGAAAUAUCAAAACAAUUGUCCGCUAUUGUACCAAAAAGACAGAAAAAGUGGAAAACAUCCGGUCUUGCUAAACUCAUGGAAAAAACCGAAGACCAAACGCAGCAGGGUAAUUUGCUAAGCCAUCAAAAAGUACAAGAAUGGCUGAUGGGUCGAUUUCCUGGGAUGGAGCAAAAUAUAUUUAAAGGGCAGGAGACUAUAAUGAGUGAGCGCAACGAGGACGGUGAUCAGAUGCGUUUUCAUCGGAAGCAGCAGCUUGCUGUUGCGAGCAAAAUGGACUCAGAUUCGAUGUACUCGCUGGAUUCGACGAAGUAUGUUUUAUCAAAUGCUGGCAAGAAAACCUACAGCAAAGUUGUCACGACUACUAUCGAGCAGUAUACGCUGAAUCCUAGUAACGGUGUUCCUGUGAAGUUACACUCGAUUAGCGCCUUCCCUGCUAUUGAGGCGAACCCAUUGUCGGCAUUAAAGCUAGGACGUAACAUUUCCAAGUCCGAUUCCUUGGCAAUUGAUGCCAAUCACCGCAAGAAUGACGAGAAACAAAGCCAGGAAGUCGUUCAAUUUGUGAAACCGCUGGAGCCUAGGCGUAAAAUAUUCAAGAAGACUAAAACAAAAAAUUCAAAGCGAAGUCCGUCUUCGAAAGCAGCAAGUAAUCGCGAAUAUGAACAAGCGGUGCAGAAAGCUGUUCGUGUGAGCAAAAUUCCGGCUGGUAAAACAAAGAAGUGUCGAAUUCGCUGGAUGGAGGACAGCAACAGCAGCACUAGCGAAAACGAUGAGGUUUUCACUCAAAACAGUGCGAAGCGAGCACUUCCGGCGACGCAGUCCGAUAGCGAUUCCGCUGAAAGUAGCGUAAUACCGAGCAAAAAGGCCAGUCCUUCACAAAUGAAAGCAUUAGUAGAACCGUUCGGGGCUAUCGCUUUAAGUCCGAAGAAAAAAACGUCGCAUAGAUCGUUAGAUUUCACUUCGCAGAACGACCAAACAACCAACUUGACUGCACAGUUUGCUGCUGAAAAUCCAAAAUUAGUUAACUCCACAGAAAUUAACAACUGCACAACACAAUCGAACGGAAUUAGGACAGGACCACAACCACCGAAUGGACAUGGCACUUCAGUCGAGAAGCCUCUUAUUUUAUGGGUAUAUAAGCCGCAGACUAUUGAUCUUAGUCUGAGCCGCGAGGAAAAAGUCCGUAUUACCGUGAAAGAUUUAGAUCUGUCCGAAGUCACAAAGCCGCGACAUUUGGCGAAAUUUAAAAAAUUCACCUGCUUGAUUCACCCGAACUCGUCUGUGCAAUUUGUUCCGUCCGACUCGGAAGACGACAUACCGAAACCGAUGUUGAGCGCUAAAACGCGACAGCUAAUGGAGCAGGAUGACGAUAGUGAGAGCCUCGACGAAGACGAUCCGAUUAUGAACUACAAUCCACGCUAUACGGAUCGUUUAAAUCUUAGGGAAUGUCCUACCUGGCUCAAUUGAUUGUAUUCGUUUAGCUGCAUUGCAUUGAUCUACAGUUGCUUUUUGUUAGAGGAGAAAAAUAGUCGGACAUUAUAGGUACUGAUUCCUAAUGCCAUAGACGAGCAUAACGUAACGUAAAAA